AUGGAGGAGAGAGCGAGAGGCGAAGAAACAAGGGACCGCCCCGCCGGACAGAGGAGGACAGGGGGCAGGGGACGCUCAGAAGACGCGAAAGCCGCGAAGAGGGACAAACGGGCUGCGGGACCACGCGGGCGACCGUGGGUCGCCGGAGGGCGGGGGCCCGGAGCGUCCGAGAGUGUCUGUGUCUCUGGACCAAAAGGACAGGGGGGGGCAGGGGACGGCCCGGGAAAAACGCGAAAGCGCUGCGCGCAAGGCCCAAGGGCCGGGGGAGUGGACCACUGCGGCGACCGGCCGGGGGGAGCCGGGCCGGGAGCGCCCGAAAGAGGCAGCGGGAGACAGCAAAGGACGAGGGCGCGAGAGGAGAACCAGGGCACCGCAGACCGGGACCAAAGGACAGGGGGGCAGUGGACAACAGAGAGCGCGAGUAGCCGGGCGAGGCCCAAAGGGCAGGGGGAGGGAAACCACGCCGGCGGGCCGGGGGCCGGAGGGAGCCGGGCCCAGGGCGCCGAAGAGGCAGCGCGAAGCGAGGGACGACGCGAGAGAGAGAGAGACGCCCCGCCAGGGACCAAAGAAGACAGGGGGGGCAGGGGACGGCCGGGAGGAGGAAGCAGCGGAGAGAUCGGCGCGGCGGGUUAUGGGAGAGGCCAAACGGGCGGGGGCGAGCGACCACCCGGGCGGCCGGGCCCAGAGGGAGCCGGGCACGGAGCGCCGAGAGGCGGCCGGGACAGCAAAGACGACCCGAAGAAACCAGGGGCACGGGCCCCGCCAGAGCGAGAAAGGAGAGCGAGGGGGGCGAGGGUGAGCGCGAGAAAACGCGAAAAGCCUGCGCGAGGCCGCGUAGAGAGCGGCUGCGGGGGGAGCACGCCGGCGGCCGGGGGCCGGGGUGUGGGUGUGGGAGCCGAGCCCGAGCGCCGAAGUGGCGGCCGGGACAGCAAAGACGACCGAGAAAACCAGGGGCACCGGACCGCCAGGAGCUAUGUGAAGGAGAGGGGGAGGGGACGGGGAGAAAAACGCGAAAGCCGCGCGAGGGGCCCAACGUGGAGGGCUAGGGACCACACCGGCCCGCCCAGGGGCCCGGACGAGCCAGGCGCCCGGAGCACCGAAGAGGCGGCCGGGACAGCAAAGACAAGCCGAAGAACAAGUGGACCGCCCCGCCAGGACCAAAGGACAGGGGGGGCGGGACGGCCAGAAACGCGAAGCCGCGGAGGGCCAAACGGGCGCGGGGGGCGGGUGGACCACGCCGGCGACCGGGGGCCCGCUAGGGAGGGGGCCCGAAGCGCCGAAGAGGCGGGCCGGGAACAGCAAGCACGACCGAAGAAACAAGGGGCAACCGCGCCACCGGACAAAGGACAAUGGGGGGUGGCAGGGGACCGCCAGGCAAAACGCGAAAGCGGCGGGAGGCCCCAAACGGGCGGGGCGGCGGACCACCCGGCGGACGAGGGCCCGGAGGGGGCCGGGCCCGGGAAAAGGGGGGCAACCGAAAAAAAAAAAAGGGGGCGGCCGGGACAUCAAAGACACCCGAAGAAAACAAGGGGCACCGCCCCGCCCAGGACCAAAGGACAGGGGGGCAGGGGCGCCAGAAAACGCGACAAGCCGCGGGAGGGCCAAACGGGCAGGGGCGGGGCGACCCAACGCCGGCGACCGGGGCCCGGAGGGCAGCCGGGGCCCGGAACGCCGCCCGAAGAGGCGGCCGGGGACCAGCAAAGACGACCGAGAAACAAGGCACCGCCCCAGCAGGGACCAAAGGUGACAAGGGGGGGGCAGAGGGACGGCCCGGAAAAAACACGCACUGGAAGUAGGCGCGCGGGGCGAGGCCCAAAGGGGCGGGUGGAGGUGACCCCAACGCGGCGACCGGGGUCCCGGAGGGGAGCCGGGCCCGGAGCGGCGGGGCACGGAGAGAGGAGCGGGACAGCCAACAGAACACCGAAGAAACCGGGGGCACGGGGCGAGCGCGGCCAGGAGCCAAAGGAGAGUGGGGCUGGGGGAGACGGCUCAGACAAAUCGCAGAACAGCCGCGCGAGGCCCACACGGGUCAGGGGCGAUAGGACCACACCGCGCGGCCAGGGGGCCCGAGGGAGCCCGGAGCACGGAGCACCCGAAGAGGCGGCCGGGACAGCAAAGACAACCGAGGAAAUCAAAGGGGACCGCCCCGCAGGACCAGAAGGACAGGGGGGGCAGGGACGCCAGAAGACGCGAACAGCCGCAAGACGGGAACAACGGGCGGGGGCGGGGUACCACGCCGGCGACCGGGCGGCCCGGCAGGGAUGCGGGCACCGAGCAGCACCGUACGGAUGCGCCGGGACACAAAGACCGACCGAAGAAACAAUCAGGGGCCAUCCCCGCCCCACCAGGACCCAAAGUACAGGGGGGGGGAGGGGACGGGCCAGAAACGCGAAAGCGGCGGGAGGCCCCAAACGGCCGGGGGCGCGGACCACGGCCGGCU